AUGCCCAACAUGCGAUUCAGGUGGCCGCGUUUCCUCGGCUCGAACGGGGAUAGAGCCUCCAACAGGGCUCGGGUGUACGAUUGGAGCAACUCCCAGCCAGGCUCCUGCCCUCAUGGCUCACAUCUGACCCAAGAGAAACCAUCGAUAGUGCUCUCGCCGUUUCGCCAUGAACAGAUGAGGCCAGCUGUGCCGGCUCUAGAGGUAACCAAAGUUUGCCUUCGGUUGCGACACUUGAUUCAGGAAUGCGUGCCCUGCGAAAUGGAAGAGAGCAGGGUCACGGCUCCCCACAGUCGCAUCAUCACCCAAAAGGUCAUUCAAGCAGCCAAGGAGGCCGGGAGUCCCGACCAUCGAGCAUGUGUGGUAUAUUCCCUGCUGGUUAAUCAAAAGUGGUUUCGACAUGAAGCUCUCGUCGAGCUUUGGGACUCGGACCUACAUAAACUGCGAGCCCAAGCUUGCGGAGUUAUUGCCAAGGCUCUUAUCGAAACUGAGGAGGACACCAACUACCUCUUGUACGAGGUCCUCUUACGUCGAUAUUCUUACGUCGUAAACGGCCUUGCAACACCGCCAGUGAACGUCAUUGAGAAAGCGGUCGAUUUGCAUGCCGUUCGAGUGAUUGGUUCGGCGGGCUACCAGAAAUGCAUCAACUAUCUUUGGAGGGGAUGGCUCGUUCAGGAUGAGAAUGACCCGUCCGUUUUCGUGGAUUACAAGGACAAAGACAACCCCAGCUUCUUUGCGCACAUGGAUCCAGAUCGUAUGAGAGUCCCGAGAAACCAAAAUGCGGCGCAGUUGCUCUUGUCCCUGGUCUAUCUCAUUCUCUACACUGCUGCCAUCAACUCGGUCAAUCCUUCGGGAGAGCUGGACGGGGCUGAAAUAGCGCUCUAUUUGUUCACUCUCGGAUACGUCUGUGAUGAAAUAACCAAGGUAUACAAAGCGGGAUAUCAUAUUCUUGGAUUCUGGAAUGCCUUCAACUUCGUCCUAUACUCCCUGCUUUCCGUAUCCCUCGUCUUCCGCAUCAUCGGUUUGACAGCGUCCAGCGGCUCCGACUACCGCGAACAUUAUAGCAAGCUAAGCUACAACAUGCUGGCUUUCGUUGCACCCAUGUUCUGGUGUCGUCUCAUGUUAUAUCUCGACAGCUUCAGAUUCUUUGGCGCCAUGCUUGUUGUGCUCAAAGUCAUGAUGAAGGAGUCGGUGAUAUUCUUCGCUCUACUGGCCAUAAUCGUCGUUGGAUUUCUUCAGGCUUUCAUCGGUCUGGAUCUAGCCGAAGACAAUGUAGCGGGCGAUGUCCAGUUCAUCGUAGAGUCGAUGAUCAAGGCCAUUAUGCAAAGUCCUGAGUUUCAGGGCUUCGAAGCCUUUGGUCCGCCUUGGGGUGCAAUCCUUUACUAUUGCUUUGCGUUUGUUGUCAUGAUUAUUCUUCUCAAUAUCCUCAUCGCUCUGUACAACUCGGCUUACGAGGAUAUUUACGACAAUGCAGACGACGAAUAUCUAGCAUUGUUCUCCCAGAAGACUAUGCAAUUCGUCCGCGCACCGGACGAGAAUGUAUACAUAGCACCGUUCAACCUCAUUGAGAUUGUUGUUUCAGCCCUGCUGGAGUGGUGGAUGCCCAAGCACAUUUACGAAAUUAUCAACGAUUACAUCAUGGCCGCCUUAUACUCGCCUCUACUUUUUGUUUCGGCAUAUUUCGAAUCACGCAACGCCCAUCGUAUUCGACAUAAUAGGUCCAGAGGAGAUGAGGAUGACGAUGUAAUCGAGGAAUGGGAGCAAAUGGAGCAUGAGCUUGAUAUGGAGGCCGAGGGGUGGUCCAAGACCUGCGAUGCCGUCAAACCUAACAUGGAAGAUGAUCCAGCCGUGUUGGAAGUUCGUCAAUUGCGUUUGGAAAUUAAUGAGCUCAAAGCACUCUUGACCGAUAUAAGCCGAGCAUCGGAGGCAAAAGAAACCAUGGAGGGCAUAGAGGGCAACCACGACAAGGGACAGUCAUCAGCUGCGACAAGCUCAUAA